GUAUAAUCACCAUGGAAACUUGCAGUAAAUCACCUCUCAUGCUGCUGAAGUUGUUGUACAUCUCUUUACUCCCAGUUUUGGAGGCACAACAAGUCCAGCAGGAAGUGACUGCUUACCUCGGGAAUGAUGUUACCCUGCAAUGCCAAUCCAUCCCACAAGGAGAAAACGGACAUAUUUCUCAGUUUCAGUGGGAUCUCAAACAAAAAGAAGGAAAUGAAAUCACCAUUAUUGUUUCUAAUAAACAAUUUGGUGAUAAUACUAGCGAUACGUUUCUGAAGGACAGAGUGAAGACUGAAGAACUAUCUUUGAAAAUUAGAAAUGUUGAAUUAGGAGAUGCAGGGUUAUACACCUGCACCAUUUCAACUUUUCCUCUUGGUUCAUUGAAAAGAUCCACCAACCUUAUUGUUCUAGAACAGAUGCCGUUAUCAUCAGGGGAAGUUUCUGCUAUAGUGAUUGCUGUCUUGUUGCUGUUAGUGAUCACAGCAGCCAUGAUUUAUCUCUUCUUCAUCAGAAGAUCUGAUUCUACUGUCAGGCACCGUGUCUACAUUGAUGCAAACGGUCCAGUGAUGGAUGCGGCAAGGUCAUCUGUUAUUGUAAAACAGGAGGAUGUGGUCUACUCUGACGUCAAGCUUAAACCAUUCAGAGAUGGUACACGUUCGUCUGAUGACAAACACACAGAGAGCACGCGCGCUGAUGAUGUCACAUACUCUGAGGUCGUAGUUUUGUAUCGCCAGCCCAAAUGAGAUGAAAUUGUACGCUGGAAUAAGGUUGUUGUUCACUUUCUUGUACUUGUUUCAUUUAUUGAAAUCAGCAUUUUCUAACAGCUGCCAGUUAAACCUAUAUUUAAUCUUUGUGGCUGUUCUAGGCCUCAUGUUUCAACAGUUACAUGUUUUUUCCAUUGGGCGAGGACAUGUUUCCACUACGCCCUCACAGUAGAUGAUAAAAAAAUAUAUAUUUCAAUAAAACCGUUACAUGGUAACCUAUAAUAACACCUCCAAAUUGUUCCUUUUAGUGUAAAGAAGAACUUUCUGGAAAUGUUUACAACAAAUGAACCAUGUACAAAGGAAAUGAACAAAGGAAGAAAAACAAGUGCAAUUUCAACAAUAGGUCUCAGUUUUUCCACAUUCAGUCAGUCUGUUGUCAUUACAUGCGCAUAGUGAUGGACAGAUCACAUUAGAUCUACAUGCAUUUUAUUGAAUGAAAUGACUUUCUGUCAUUUUUUCAUUUUGCAAAGUCAUCCAGUGGGCUGCCUUGUACCCUUUGCUGGGUUGGUUCUGGCACAUGACCUGUAUGUUUGACAUCCCUGGUAUAAAGGAAAGACAAUAUGUUAACAGACAUUAAAUUAUUUAAAGAGCCAUGCUAUGUGGGGCUGGACUUUUGCAUGCUAACAUGCUUACAGUGCUAAUUGAUAUUUAGCAUGUUCACCAUCUUCACUGUGUUGGUGUAGCAAAUAAGCAUGCAAACAUUUGCUAAUUAACUAGCAUAAACUGCAGCAGGUUGUAAUGACGUUAUUUUUGCAGGUAUUUGGUCAGAAUACACCAAAGUUAUGGAGAAUUUCAAAUUUUGACCUUCCCACACCGACAUUCCCUAAAGCUAUAAAUGUUAUUGCACUUGAUUCUAACACUGCUGCGGGAGAAUUUAAUCAUAUAAUGAAAAGUGUUCCAGUUAUGGAUUUGUGGCACCCAGGCUGUCCGAUUACCCGCAGUUCUGACUGUGGCCAUAACACUAACGCCAUGACAGUGUGACAGAGUAGAUUUAAUCUCACAAAGUUCCUGUUCCUAAAAGAUUACAAAAAAGGAAGAAAAUCACAGCAACAGGGAACUACUGUUGCAUGUUAAUAAUCGGAAGAGCUGAUGGUGUUGACAGUUUCCACAGUAAAAUGAACUUUUUAGAUUCCCUUCGUGAUUCAACUUAUGUACACAUCAUAAUGUUAAGCUCUUGUGAUGAUAAACCUUUUGCUUUAACUCGGUUAAAAGUCAGCAUUUGCAUGUGAGCUUUAAUGGGUUAUAGGAAUGUAUGAGUCAGACAGAAAUGUUGAAAUUGUUGUGUUUGUACUUACCAGCUCCUUCAACCUGCUUGUUUCUUCAGACUCUUUAAACCAAAGACAAGAACUGCAUAUUACGAUACUGCAAGUUUUCCAAUAGCACAGACACUGGUAAUAGUUGCACAGUAGCAGUAUUGUACCCAUACUUGUAUUCUGUCUGCUUUGCUUGUGCACAUGUACGCUGGUGUUAUAGUGUGAGCAGGCCAGAUGUACUGUAAAAAGUGUGGUUUGCAAAGCGGCUGCUGAUUCUUAUGGCUUCACUGGUUUUCAGAAGGGUUGUGUGUGUGAUACCACAUAACAGAAAUACUAACUUAAGUUAACUUAUAUUGAGUUCAUAUUUAAAGUCUGUGCUUGUAACUAUCACUGUAGUUCACUUUUAGAUAUUUAGAUAUUAUGCUUAUUUAUCAAAUCAUACAGACGAGCAGAUAGCCAGAGCCAACACUGUUCUGUGUAAAUUGUAUCUACAUUUGCUUUAAAUUAUAACUUUUUGUUACUAGCUAUGUGGGUUAGGUUCCAUCUUCACAACCCAUUUCGGUUUGUACUUUAGAGUUUUGUCAUGGCAGGAAACAGAUAAGAAGAAGAGUUCAUUAUGAAAGUCUUUUCACACCUAUGCAUUCUCAGGCUGAGAGGAAAUGUUUCACUCGAAAAAGCAAAGAUACAUGUUACUGAAGCACAAAUGAGAAUGAGUCACAUGUUAUGCUACAGUAUGUUGUUAAGAAAUCACACCCGGCAACAAACAAUAAGCAAGUUUGGACAGGGGAAGUGAUGAUGUGCAAAUAGGUAGUUUCUUGCAUUUAAAAGUAGUCUGGUAGAACAACACAUCAUUAUUUGUAGUCAUUUUGCAUCUCUUUGUAGUCUCUUUGAGGUCCUUUUGUAACUCUUUGUGUCCUUUGUGUGUCUCUCUCACCUUCUGUAUGUUGUAGGAUAAGCACCAGUCGUUGCCAAACAAGUUUUUUUUUACAUAUUCGAUAAAGUCAUAUUCUGAUACUGAUGUCAUUAAAUGUUUUCUGUUAUUAUGCAAAAGUGUGAGUGUGUUUGUCUCGCUGGGUCAGAUGUGGCGGUUAAAAUACAGAGGGUUUUUUUUUACUAAUGAUAAAUCUGAAGUCUUCUUGAUGAUGAUAACUUGGCACCAUGUAAAUGGCGUGAUCAUAGGAGGAUAAGUUAAAAUUCUAUGUUAUAGUCAAAGUGUGUUCAAAGUACAAUUACUAUGGGUGUGUUUUGAGGAAGGGAUUUGCUUCUGCACUAGUUAAACUGUACUAGUAGUGUUGGAAGUGUUUUCUAUUGUUACCGUUGCUAUUAUGAACAGGACUUACAUUUGCUCUAUUGGAAGGUUUUAAACUAGAUUCAGAUGCUUAAUUUGUAACAGUUGUUAUCGUGCACAGAUCUAAACUCAGCGAUGUCCUGCUUUCUUGUUUUACCUCAAACAGUGCAUUUCCACAAGGAAACUUACUCCCACCCAUAAUUGAGAGUUAAGGAAACGCCACCCUGAUGAAGGCAAGAUAGCUGAAAACAUUUGCGAAAUAAGACAUGGUUAAUUUGGAAAAGAUUAUUUAAGAUAAUUUUGUAGAAGUUAAAGUUAAGGCUCACUGUCUGCACUUUUCUGAGUGUGCAUACAUUAGCCAUAAGGAAAGAUUAUAGUAUUUGUAUUUUGGACACAAAUGGAGCUCCUUUAGUUCUAACAAGAAUAUGUUUACCAGCGUGUUGUUUAUUGUUUAUUUGGAUCCUUCCUGGAGUCCAUAUUCAAAUAAAUUAACAAUUAAUUAAUUAAGUAAACAAUAUAGCUAAAACAUUACUAUCUCCAACAUCAAAAUGAUACAUACAAAACAAAAAAGUGUUUAAAUACACAAAAACUUUCACUUAUUUAAACCUUUUACAAAUUUAGCAGAAACAAAAUGUAUUAGCGUCUAAAUAUAUCUAAAGCAUCACAAAUUAAUGUACUCAUUAGGAAACAACAUUGGCCUUUUCAUCUCUGGAUUAUUAUUAAAUUAAGAAUAUCAAACAUAAAAGGACUCUAAUGCCAAAUAAAUUUCAAAAUGAAAUUAAUGAUGAUUUACGAUUAUAAUAACCAUUAUUCAUUAUAUACUAAGUGAUUUCCUUUGGGGAAUGCUAAUGUUUAUUCUUGUUUUUUUUGCCAUCGUCUUCUCUGAUGCUGCAGAUUCCUGCUCCCUUGGCUUUUCUUUUGCUAAAUAAUAUGUGUGAUCCUCCAUUUGUCUAGAUUUAACUUCUUACUUUAUAACAAAAAGCAUAACACAAUCAGCCAGAACCAGGAAAAAGCUUCCUCCUCUCCUUCUUCAACCUUCUCUUUCUUCUUCUACUACUUCUUUUUCUGCUACACACUCUAUAGAUACUUCUGCCCUACAUACAUAACAAUUUCUUUUUUAAGGUGAUUAUAUAUUAUUGAAAACAUAGUUAUGCAUAUCAUAUUUCAUUUCUGCUAAUACAUCACCCUCAAAGUUACACACUGAACCUUGAAGUUGAUUGUCUCAUCACAGAGAGAAAUCCUUGUAAAGGAAGUGGCUGUAUUUGUCUUUGUAUUUUUCAAAACAUUGAUUGAAAGUCUUUAUUCUGGUGCAAAAAAACUGCUUAAACUCAAUCAGAAUUAUACAGUACAAGUAGGAUUAUUAAUGAGUGUUAGUAAAUUAAUCUAGGGCAGUCUUCUUUUGUGCUACACGUGCAAAAUCUGUUUUUGUUCAGUUUUGUUGUCCUUGUUUUUAGCUCCAUGUUUAUUUAUAUUAUGAAACGGGGUCAAAUUGUACGUAGGCUCAAGUGUACACAAACAUGGCCAAUAAAGCUGAUUCCAUACAACUA